CUCACCUGCUGGGCUCUGACUAUACAGUGGGACAUACACAAACAGGGAUCAUGACACAGAAUGAAAAGCAGAAACUAACUGGAGACGAAGAAAUUAUAAAAGAGCUGUGUGUGUCUAAUGGACUCUGCUAUGAGAAGGUGUGUCAGGAGGGGAGUGGUGAAAUGGUUCUGGAGAUGUUUUUCUCUGGGUUCCCGCACAUGGUGGGUCUCUCUCUUUUCCCUAGAUUGUCCAGUCUCACUAUUGUAGGCCAGAGCAUCAGCUCAAUCCAGGGUCUGGAGUACUGCCCACUCCUCAAAGAAUUAUGGGUAGUGGAGUGCAAACUGAAUGAAAUCUCUGGCCUACAUAACUGUGUGCAUUUGCAGAAAUUAUUUCUGUACAACAACAACAUCCAGCAGAUUACAAAUCUAGAGAUGUUGGUCAACCUUCACGUCCUGUGGCUUAAUAAGAACGAGAUCUCUGACAUACAGGGAUUGAAUUCACUUGUAAACCUUAAAGAGUUGAAUCUUGCUGAUAAUGCUGUUGAGACUCUUGGUCAUUGUCUGGAUUCCAACAUCAAUCUCCACAAUCUAAACCUCUCAGGGAACAAAAUCAGUUCCUUCAAGGAAUUGACCCAUCUGGCUCGGCUGCCCCGUCUACGGCACCUGAGUCUGAAGGACCCUCAAUCCAUUCCAAACCCGCUGUGUCUGCUCUAUAAUUACUACAUACACGUCUUAUAUCACAUGCCACACCUGCAGCGCUUGGACACAUAUGACAUAUCCAGCAAACAUCUCAAAGACACUGCAGAGUCCACAGUGCUGAAGAAAAUGAUGUAUUACACCACGCGGGUACGUUGUGCACAAAGACAGUUUGAUGAACUCAAAGCCAAGCUCAGGCAGCAGCAGAAAGACCAGAUACAACUUCCAGAGGAGAGAAUACGUGUGCUAACACACAUGCUGAGAAAUAUGGAGUGUGAGCUGUCCCAUGUACAGUCUGUUGGUAAGAAGUCAGGAGAACCUGAAGACUUGACCUCUGACUUUCGUAAUAACCACAGCCAUGAGCAGAGACUGCAGCACAAACUGGAUGCUCUUAAAGACCGACUGAGGUUCUGGGAGCAGCGCCUGGAGGAGGUAGAAGCAUGUCACCAGCAAAAUGUGGCUUUGGCCUCAGAUAGAAGGGAUAUGAUGGUGCACUUUCUGCUAUUGGAGCUGGAAACCAUGGGGAACAUUCACUUUGAGGAGGGAAACACCGGCGAACCUUGGUUCACAUCAUGUUACGAUCUCUUGCUGUCCCGUUUCUGUGCAUGGGAUUAUAAACCUCACAACAUCUCUGGCAUUAAGAUCAAUCGAAUAAUCCGUAUCCAUAACCGAGCUCUGCGGCAACGCUUCCAGGACAAAGUACACUCUCUGCUCUGCAGACAGGAACCUUCACCCUUCUCACAGAACUAUAAACGCUGCAUGGAGUAUCUGUUCUACGUGCCUGAUCCAGAACAUUCCUGUGAAAGUGAUGAGAUACUUCCAAUCCUAGAAAAUGGUUUUAAAACUGCUGAUGCAUAUAAGGCAUUAGGCAGAGAGAGAGCCAUCCCCCUCUCUAACAGUGUGAGUGUGUCUGAUCAACGGCGAAUGACAUUUAUGCAGAAGAAGAGUUGCUCGACAUCAGGAAGUAGCCCUGUAGAUAUUCUUCCUUUCAGACAUGGUCAGUUGAUCAUUUCUAAAGUGUUCCUGGGCCGCAGUGCUGCAGUGAAGGAGGGUCUCCCAAUAGACUGUGAUCAUUACCCUAAAGCAAACUCUGUCUACCUCAGUACCUGCUCUAAAGAGCAAAAGCACACAGCACAAACAGCCCUUGACAUGCUGUGUCUCUCCAGCCUGCCGGACAGCUGUGACUGUAAACAGCAGCAGAAACUGUGGUACAUGUUUGACAAUGAAAUGGUGCUCCCAGAGUACCUUGUAGACUUUGAAUAUGUAACACAGGACACAUCUCAGCACUCUCCAGACUCCCCGUCCAGUUCUCAUGCAUCCCCGGCUGAUGCCCCAUCUGUGUCCCGAGCUGAGCUGAACCUGGAUGAGGAGGCAUUAAAUAUGGAACCCAUCCUGAAACCUCACCCCAAGCUGCUCAGUCUAGAUGAGAAAUCCACACUGACAUUGGCCAGAGCAAACGUCCUCAGUCAGAUCACAGUGCUGAAUCUACAUGGCAACAGUCUGAAUAAACUACCUGAGAUUUCUCGACUCACAGCUCUAAAGCAACUGACCCUCAGCUUCAACGAGUUCACUCAUCUGGACGAUAUUUCACAUAUGCCAAACCUGGAGUACCUGGAUGUUAGUUUUAACCAUAUUUCCUCUCUGGAGGGUUUGCGUGGACUUGGUCAACUCAUAGAACUGGAUCUUCGCUGGAAUCAGCUGACUCGAAUCAGGGAUGACAUGAAUGUUUUGCGUAAACACGCCCCUGCCCUGCUCCGUCUGGACACACGGCACAAUCCUUGGCACAGGAACGAGUGUGUGCGAAUGGUGGUUCUUGGUCGGCUGAAGACUCUCGUGCAGGCAUCUCUGAUGACCCACUCUCGGACUGACAGUGAACGUCCCCGCAGUCUGAGUUUGCUCUCUUCUGCUCACCUGCUCACACAGAUCAGCCUGUCUCCAUGGAAACACUCGCAAGAGCUUGAGUCAGGCUGGACCACCAAAAUCACAGCAGUGAAUCUUGAUGGUCUGCGGUUAACCCGGCUCAGUAAUCUUGACCGACUGGUGAAUCUACGCUGGGCUUCAUUUGACAAUAAUGAAUUAACUCGAAUUGAGGGUCUGGAACACUGCACCCUACUGGAGGAACUUUCUCUUAAUAACAACAGUAUCAGCAGACUGGAAGGUUUGUGUGCGAUGCAUCGUCUGACUCGUCUGAGCAUUAACAGCAACCACUUACAGUGUUUAGACGGGGAUGUUUUGGACCAGCUACCCAACCUUCACUUCCUGUCUGUAGAGAACAACAUCAUCUCAUCUCUGCAUGGGCUUCAAAGGUCACGGUCCUUAUUCGAGCUGUAUGUCGGCAAUAAUGACAUCAGCACCACCCGAGACAUAUACCACUUAAAGGCACUGUCUAGUUUAAUUAUUCUGGAUCUGUAUGGGAAUCCCCUUGUAAACAAACUGGAGAACUACAGGAUCUACAUGGUUUUCCAUCUACCUUCACUCAAAGCACUGGAUGGAGUAGCUGUGGAAACGUGUGAAUCAGAAACUGCUAAGGACGUGUUUGGAGGGCGGCUCAAUGCAGAUAUGGUGGCUGAGAAGCUGGGCCAUACCAACUACAGAGACCUGUCAGAACUCAACCUGCAGUCUAGCUCAGUCAGAAUGGUGGAUCUUGCUCCUGCUGAUUUGUUCAGUAAUUUACGCAGUAUUAAUCUAGAUCACAAUAACCUCACCUCAUUCAGCGGUCUCAUCUUCCUACCCAACAUUAAGGUGUUGUCUCUGAACUAUAACCACAUUGAGUCAAUUCUACCACGUCAAAAAGUUCAGAGUCACAUGAGCAACAAGCAGAAUCUCUAUCAUAAAGUCAGUUCCAGUGGAUAUGGGCAGCAGAACAGCAGGCCCAGCAGGGAGGGAUUAACUGAUAAUCUGGAGCCUCUGAUGUCCAGUUUGGAGGUUUUGCAUUUAGGUUAUAAUGGUAUAUCCAACUUGAUCAAUCUACAAAUCAGCCGACUCACUAACCUCAGAGCGCUGUUCCUACAAGGGAAUGAUAUCAGUCAGGUAGAUGGAUUGGAUGGUUUGCGGAGACUACGUGAGUUGGUUCUGGAUCGAAAUCGAAUUAAAUCUUUGAGUGAGAACUCAUUCUGGGGACAGGGAGUUUUGCUGAAUUUGCACCUGGCAGAGAAUCGCAUCCGUGAACUGAACCACCUUCAGCCUCUCACUGAGCUCCGGAGACUGUUCUUAGACAUGAACAAAAUACUGGACAUUUUAGAGCUGGAGAAACUGGAGGUGCUUCCUUCCCUCAUGGAACUGUCUGUAGUGGGCAACCCAGUAGCUCGGCGGUCACUGCACAGGCCAGCAGUUGUACUGCAUCUGUCUACACUUCAUGUUCUGGAUGGCAUGACAGUCACCCUGGAAGAAAGAACCAGAGCAGAGCUUUUAAAUAAUGAAGCACAGGGUUCUAGUUCAGGUGGUGAAGUGACUUUACCCGGUUUGGUACCAUUGGUGACCCGACCGGCUCCUUUAAGAGGUGCAGGAAUGCACUCACUCGUACCUGAUCAGCAAGACGAUGCACAUGAUACCAGCAGGUAUAGGAAGCAGAAAGCAGUUGUCUCUCUCUUGCGUGGAGUUCAGAGUGACUUCAACUUCAGGCAGAUCAGAGGAUCUUCCAGCCACUACAUGACAGCGCUGCAGCAGACCGGAUACAGAGUUCUCUCCACUUUCCCUAACGCUGAUCCUGAGACCAGGUACAAGUGUCACAGUGUACCCAGACCUCCUCCUCCUCCUCCUCCUCUGUAACGCAAAGUCAUAGAUGCACUA